AUGUUAAUUUUCACACCAAAAGAACCUUUCACAACAGUUGACAUUAGAGGUUCUGUCUCUUGCACACAAGCCAAUGAUUAUGGAUUUGAAAUACCGAGUGAUUAUACUGUGGAUAGCAUGGAAGUCACAUACAUGUUUACAAAAUUUUAUCCAUUCAGUUCAGAUCGUCAAGAUAUUACAAUUUAUGUAAAGAUUGGAAGUGUGGCUAAUUCUACUCAUUAUGAUGCAAAAAAAGAGUCCAUUUCCACACCACUUGUAAUUGAGAGCUCAUCUCAGGAAAUACCCAUUCGAAACACAACUGUUUAUUUCCAAGUAUUAGGAACAGGAAUGUGCAAAGAUAAAUUGGAGAAUUAUUACAAGGUUACCUUCAAGAUUUAUCCAACAAGAUUUCCUUGGUGGGCAACCUUACUGAUAGUUUUGGGAGGAAUGAUUGGAUUAUUUAGUGUGUUUGCAUUAUUGACCAUUAUUGGACACAAGUAUAAAGAAUGGAAACGUAGGCAGCAAUAUACUGAGAAUAUUUGA